ACAAGUCGCAUCGUGUUGCUGUUGCAGUAAAAUAUGAACUUGUUGGCGGUUUAUUGGUUAUGAGUCAAGAAAUUCCCAUAUUUUUUCAUCACAUUUAUUUUUAAUACUACAUUCCAUACGUCGUUAUCAUGGCUUUGGCGUCUAAUGACACAUUUGAAGAAACUGUUAAGUUGAUACAUGAAAAUUGCAUCAAUCGUUUUCAUCCAACAUUACCUGUUUUGGUUUCUGGAUCAACUCACCUGACAUUCUUUGAUGCCAAAAAUGUCAUCACUCAAUUUUCAAAUUGGAAUGAAAGGCAAUGUAAACUCAAAGGGAAUGUUGUAAAACCUAUAUGCUCAAUUGAAUGGAAUGUAGAUGGAACAAAAUUGGCUGCUACAGUAGCUGAUCCUCAUCAGUUAUUUGUGAAUGAUUGUGGUGACGAAAGUGGUGAAAUAAUUGUUUGGAAUUAUCCAACAUGUGAUAUCCUCUUUCAACAGAAGCAAUUCAAAGUAGUCCAUGAAAUUGAAUGGAAUCAAUUUAGACAAGAAGUUUUUGCUACCUAUAAUAUUGGUGACCCACUUGUGUCAUUAUGGACCACCAAAGAUCUGAAAAGAAACCUUUUCUACGUAUUUGAUUUUGAUCGUGAAAAUCGUUUUCGUGAAUUUAUCAUGAAGGUAAAGUGGAUCUCUGAAAGCGAAGUUGCUCUUGGACUCAACAACGGCACGAUUGAGAUUUAUCGAAUUAGUGAAAGCCAUCCUGUGACUGCUCCACAAAUAACGAGAAAAUUAAAACAUGAUCGUGUCGCUAGAGAUAUGAAAUGGAGCUGUACGACGCAAUAUUUAGCCUCUUUUUCAUGGGAUAAUACGAUCAAGAUUUGGUCUGUGGACAACGGUCUUAACGGGGAACUUAUCCACGGAUUACAUGUGAACUCCAGUUGUUACAUUUACAGUUUUGCUUGGCGUACAAACAGGAAAACAUACGCCGAAAUUGACAUAGAAAGAAAAUCACCGGAAAACUUCAUAGUAGCUUGUGGAUUGAGAGACAUCACCCGUAAGAAGUCAUCCAAUGGGUCGACAGGACCGAUUGUUAUCUGGAAUCCUUUAGAAAGAGACGAGUCUAAACAGCAACGAAUCCUUGAAAAGCACAAAUGUUCGGUUUCCUCGCUUGCCUUUUCUCCUGAUGGACAAUUUCUUGCGUCGUCGGAUGCAAUAGAUGUUAUCAUCUGGUCGACCGAGACUUGGAUGCCCGUUUUUGUCUCGCAGUAUAACAAAUUUACUCAAGAUCAGCUCUUGAAAAGUCGGCCUUUGUUCAAUUGUCGGUUGUCUUGGAUGGCCUUGGGCUCAACAACUGCGGGUGUGAACAAAUUGACUUACUCUUCAAUCGAUAAUAAGAUUCAUGUGUUUGAAUGUGUCGGCGCAGAAACAUCACGUUUCAAACACAAGAGGGCUAAGAGGGCUAGAAAUUGAACCUGUUUAAACUUAAUUUGUUAUUUUUUUUUGUCGAAUCCCGCUGUUCUUUCGUUCAUUUAUAUCCAUGACGUUUUUCUUUUAAUUUUGCUAAUCGUGUUUUACUAAGAAAAUUGAAAUCGUGUAUACUUGCUUUUUAAUUAAGAAAAAAAUUGGUUUUUCUGAAAACUUAGUUUUGUCGCUGUAGCCAUGCGGUUUCCAAACCAGAGACCAAAAUAGAUAUUUUUUAAUUAA